AUGUCAAGUUCAGAGCAGCAAAAAAAUGAAAAUUCGGGCAUUUUCAGUGACAUCAAGCCAAUUAAAGUAUUCGAAUACCCAGAUCAAACAUCAAAAAUUAUUUGGAGCGUCAAUUCCAAUAAUAUUUUACAAAUAACUUCACAAAUUAUCGAAUUAAUAACAACAAACAAAAUAUCUGUCCAAAUGGCACUUUAUUUGAUUGAUAUUAUUUCACAAAUUCGUGUUAAAGAAAUCAAAUUAUAUUCAGAACUUUAUCAAAAGAUAUCAAACGAAUUUUCAUGCAUCAUCCAGCCGAAAAAUUUGAAUUUGGCAGCAUUAUUAUAUUAUAAAGGCCUCAAAUUUGAAAGCUUCAAAGCUUUCAUGACAGAAGAAGAAAUUCUCAAUUUAUUUUCAACAGAAUCUCCUUUAUACUAUAUUGCAUGGGAUAAAGUUAAUGAUCUUAAGAAUAAAUUCCCAAAUCUUGAUCUUGAAAAGAAAAUUAAUGAUAUCACACCGCUUGAUUGUGCAAUUAAAUAUGGAUCAGAAUUGUGUUUCAAUUACUUGAAAAAUUUAGGAGCGCAAUACACAGAUGAAUCCGAAAAAUAUGCUCUUCAAGGUGGAAAUAAAGAGAUCUUUAUGCAAAUGAUAGACGAUGGUAAAUUAUUUAAAAACAUGAUUAAUACAGCAUUGAAUUAUCGAAACUAUGAAAUUGCUGAGUAUCUUAGAUCAAAUUUUAUACAACCUUUCAAUUCAAUAGCAGAAAGUAUGCAUUUCGGAAAUUAUGAUAUUGUAUCUCAUUUACUUUCUAAUGGAUGGAAUAUCAACAAAAUUUAUAAUCUCUUUCUUUCCAUAUUUAUCAUUGGUUAA